AUGGACGCUUAUGCUGGGUACAAUCAAGUUAUGAUAGACGUGACGGAUGAAGAGCAUACCAUGUUCACCACCGACAAGGGAGUGUACUAUUACAAGAGAAUGUUGUUCGGUCUAAAGAACGCGGGUGCAACCUACCAACGCCUGAUGAAUAAGAUGUUUGUCAAGAAACUUGGAGUAACCAUGGAGGUGUAUGUGGAUGACAUGCUGGUAAAAAGGCUUACCGUAGUCAACCAUGUAGCUGACUUGCAGACGGUCUUUGACAUCGUCCUUGUUGGGAUGAGACUGAACCCGGAGAAGUGCCUGUUUGGAGUCGUUAAAGGGAAAUUCCUGGGUCAUGUAAUAAGCAGGCAGGGAAUUGAAGCAAACCCGAAGAAGGUUCAGGCCAUAUUAGAUAUGGAGGUCCCCAAGCUCAGGAGUGAGGUGCAGUCCCUGACAGGCAAGAUAGCGGCCCUCGCUAGGAAUGACGAUGUCGUCGAGCUCCCGAUGUAUUACGUGGGAAAGGGCUUCACCUUGGCCGAGAGUAGGUACCCGGACAUUGAAAAGUUGGCAUUACUUCCAAGCUCAUUCCAUCACCCUGUAGCCAUCAAAGGGCAAGCGGCUGCAGACUUCAUCUCGAAGCUUACGCCCAUGAAGAAUGAUGAAGAGCUCCCUAAGAAUGAUCAAUCUGAAGUAACAAAGGCCCCCCCUAGAGGCAGAACCGAGUUGGAAGCUUUGGCACAAGAAAUUGGGAUAAAGCGUGUACAAGUAUUCAGUGACUCGCAACUGGUAGUGAACCAGGGCGGCGGGAUCUUUGAGGCCAAGGAGCCACAGUUGAGUUCCUACCAGGCACUGGCAAAGGCUUUCCUGCACAAGUUCGAAUCGGCAACGAUCACUCAGGUCCCCAAGAAGGAGAAUAGUAAUGCGGAUGCCUUGGCAAGGCUAGCCACCCGUCAACAAAACGAUCUUGGAGAUCUUUGCCAUCACCACUGGCCCUAG